UAGCAACGCCACUGCGCAAGAGGGAAAGGAGCCCCGACACAAGGGGGUGGCAACGCGCUCCGUUUCGCCUGAGCUCCGCUGCCCUGAGCGGCACCGUCGUCCCUGCGGGCCGCUCCUUGGAGUCCACCGAAGGGGAUGACCGCUACAGCACCGACCGGCUACGGGCUGCUGCGGCUUUGCUGGGUGUGGCCCUGGAUGCCUCCAAGGAAGAGGUGAGAAAAGCCUUCCGCCUCAAAGCCUUUAAGGUGCACCCAGACAAGCAGCCGAAGGCCAACAAAGAGUGGGCUCACGCGGAAAUGGCCCGGCUCAACAACGCUUACGCCUUGCUGUGUCAACCACGCCGUGCGCGGAGCAGCUCGGAGUCCUCUCGGUCGUCGCGCUUGGCCAUCGAGAACUGAAAUGCCUGUGAUCUGGGGAAGCUGCAGAGCUUAGCAAAGCCUACUGCGUGUAGGCACUGCAGGGUGCUCUGCAAGGAGCGGCAACUUGUUAGGGGAUCCAAAGGCAGCGGGCCGAAAAGAGAGCGGGUCGACUUUCAGUAGCACGGAGCAGCGAAGGCCCACAAGAAGACACAGGUAGAUUUGUGUGCUUACGC